AUGGCCUUACCCAGAAACCUGGGUUCAAGGACGCAAGCGGAAAACAAAGGUCAUAGUCUGCCAGGCCCGAUAGAUGAUUCGUUCCGUAACACGUUGGGCCUCCAUGGUGAGAUGCAGCCUCCCAGUUGUACGGCCAACAAAGGCCCUGCAUUUUCAUACGCUGUCGAUGGCGAUACCCUCUUUCAUGCAGGCCUAUCCCACAUGAAGCCUGGCAGUCUGCCUGUCCGCCGCUGGACAGACGCCGACCUUUCAUCUCUCCAGUCGGGUCCAGCCCUGACCCCAGACCUGGUGCUGCAUCACCAGCAGCAUCAACUCCAACAACAUGACCAUGCCUUUGAUGCCCACGCGAGCGGGCAGCUAUUAACAGCAGCAACAACACCUGCAGCAGCAGGGCCAGGGCCAGGAGGAGGAGAAGGAGGGGACCAAUUUCAUGUCGAUUCCGGGGUGCUGUUUCAGGAUCCAAAGGAGCAGCUUGUUGGGCCUCCCUCCUCGCGGCCCACUGCCGGCAACUGGAUGGAACGGCAGAUUUACAAGUAUAACCAUAGCCAGCAGCCGUCUGCAACAAGGAGACAACGCCGCCAGCAUAAAUCAACUGACCAGCCUGCCACGUUGACAGCAAGAAAGGGAGAUCUCCUGUUCUCAGGCCAUCCAGCGCUCUCGUCUCCUCCUCCUUCGUCAUCAUCGUCUUCGCCUUCUCCCGGUACCAUGGCUUCUUCCUAUCAAGACAACAAUAACAGCAACAACUGGUUUCAGCAGCGUCUGGAAAGCUACGGCCUUCAGCAGAUCGUUCAGUCGCCGGAGUGUCUUGAGCCAACUACGACGCCUGCAUCCUACUCGCAGACUCCCCUCGAUAGACGUGAGAGUACGUCCCAUUUAUCUACCGCCAGCGGAGGGUCAAGCCAGUCACCUCUCAACAGCAGCACACCCAUGUCGACGCCACGGUACGGCCCGAGUAUUAUGAGCCACCCAAUACACAGCUCACCGGUACUAGCGACCAACGACAUCUCGGAGACCACCCCUUGUCAGCCUUAUCAAGAUCCAUCGACCGUUACGUCGGUACCGGAUCACACAUCACCGCCUCCUCCGCAUCAGAUACUACGUUCUCAACCCUGUGACGGAUCGCCAGCCAGUUCCUGGCAUUCAGAGCCCAUGGGUGUCUCUGCCUUCCAAUGUGCCCAGCCCAACCUCCAAUCUCAUGAGACUGAGCAUUGGUGGACCACAUCUUCGGCUCAUACCAUUCCCAACAGAAGCCUGCAAUCUCCUUUCCCUCACGCAAGCUACUCUCCAGCAAUGACAUCUGCUUCCUUGCCAUUCCGCAAUCAGCACCAACGGUUCGCACAUAUUCCAGAAUCAAUCCAAAGCUCAGGCCUCAUGAUUGGCAUGGACACAUCUUCCCCUGAAAUCAGCUCUUCUAUCCAGCAGGACCCCGUUGCAAUGUCCUCCCCCCAACUAUCAGGGGCUGAAGUCGCAUUACCACUAGCCUUCACUCUCCCAUAUUUCCCACAACACCAUCAGCGCUCCCACCAGCAUCCUCAGCCCCCUCCUAUCCAGACGGCUCAUAAUAAUACCCCAGUUUCUCUAUCCGGCUCUGCAUCAGCUAUAUCCGCAGCUCCCCGCUCAGCCCCCGUAAUAAGCAGGAGAUUUCCACACGGCUCAGCUCCUCAACAGUCACCUAAAGCAAGAUACCACAUCCCACCACACCAACGACGAGCUCAUGCCCGCAAAGCAGCCAGUUUCUCCGGGCAAACAAGUAAAUGCACCAAAUCAAUCUCUUCCAACGGGUCUACACACAGCGGGAUCAGUAGCAAUAGUUCCAGCAGCAGCAACAACAACAACAACAGCAACAAUAACAGCUACAACACCGUCAUCAAUAGAGCUGUAAAGAGUGUCUCGUUCGUCAACUUCACCCCCGAAGAUAGCCACAAACUGCUCACUGGCGUUGCACCCAGCGGAAGCUCCAAGACCAAAGCCAGGCGUGAGCAAGAAGCCCGUGACAAGAGACGAAAGCUAUCAGAAGCUGCACUGCUAGCCGUCCGACGAGCAGGGGGCGACGUUGAAGCUCUCGAGGCCGUUCUAUGCUAA